AUGAAGUUCUUCUCCGCUGCUUUCUUGACCUUCGUCGCCGUCAGCGUCGCAGCCAUGCCAUCGCAGACUUCGACCGGUGACGACAUUGAGGAACCAGUCAAGCUCGGAUUGGGCGCACCAUGCAUUCGCUCCAAGCACCUCUGCCUAGAGCACCUCCACUGCUGCUACUCUCAUGCGAACCCCGACGAGGAGAAGGAAUACGGAAAAUGUCUCCCCCUUAACCGCGCCUGCAUUGCUUGA